UGUACACUAGUGGAAGAAACACGGAUUUGAGAAAGAAGAAGAAACUUGCCUUUGCUUUAGAAAAAAAAAAUCUGAGAAGAACUUUUGGUCGGUGAUAGUAGAGCUGAAUUUUUGCAGAUUUCUUCAUCUUCAGAGGGUGUUUGGACAUUUUUGGAGUCUUCUUCAUCCUGUGUUUGACCGCCAUGCCUUCUUACACAGUGACGAUUGCCACAGGGAACCAGUGGUUCGCAGGGACGGAUGACUAUAUCUACAUUACACUGGUGGGCACGGAGCAAUGCAGCGAGAGAACGCUGCUGGACAAGCCUCUGUACAAUGACUUUGAGAGGGGUGCGGUGGACUCGUAUAACGUGAGGGUUGAGGAGGAACUGGGUGAGAUCGUGUUGGUGAAGAUCCAGAAGAGGAAAUACUGGAUGCAGGAUGACUGGUACUGCAAGUACAUCACAGUCAAAACCCCCUCUGGAGACUACAUAGAGUUUCCCUGUUUCCGCUGGCUGGUGGACGACAAGGAAGUGGUGCUGCGGGAUGGACGAGCUCACCUCCCUGAGGAUGAUAAGACCGGCCUGGUCAAGCAGCACAGACAAAAGGAGCUGGACACGAGGAGAAAAACUUACAGGUGGAAGGAGUGGCAGCCGGGCUUUCCUAUGAGCAUAGAUGCGAACAGACACAAGGAUUUGCCCCGAGACAUCCAGUUUGACAGUGAGAAGGGAGUGGACUUUGUGCUGAACUACAGUAAGGCAAUAGAGAACCUGUUUGUGAACCAGUUCAUGCACAUGUUCCAGUCCUCCUGGAGUGACUUCGCUGACUUUGAGAAAAUCUUUGUGAAAAUCAAAAACACAAUCUCAGAGUAUGUGAUGCAACACUGGAAAGAGGACUUCAUGUUUGGAUACCAGUUUCUGAAUGGUUGCAACCCUGUAGUGAUCCAAAAGUGCACCAAACUUCCUGACACGUUUCCUGUCACUCAUGAGAUGGUUGCUGUCAGUCUGGAGAGGGAGCUGACCCUGGAGCAGGAAAUCGAGGCAGGUAACGUCUACAUAGUAGACUACAAGAUGAUAGAAGGCAUCACUGCGAACUGCACAGACCCCUGCACGCUGCAGUACCUGGCAGCUCCAAUCUGUCUGCUGUACAAGAACACUCACAACAAGAUCCUGCCCAUAGCCAUACAGCUUGGCCAGACUCCAGGUCUUCCGAUCUUCCUGCCCACUGACGGUCAGUAUGACUGGCUGCUGGCAAAGAUCUGGGUCCGCUCGGCCGACUUCCAGCACCACCAGACCAUCACACACCUGCUCAGGACGCAUCUGAUCACAGAGAUGUUUGCUAUCGCCAUGUACAGGCAGCUCCCUGCUGUUCACCCUGCUUAUAAGCUUCUCAUCCCACACGUUCGCUUCACCAUCGCGAUCAACACUAAGGCCAGAGAGCAGCUCAUCUGUGAGUGCGGCAUCUUCGACAAGGCAAAUGCAACAGGUGGAGGUGGUCAUGUCCAGCUGGUUCAGAAGGCCAUGAAGUCUCUGACCUUCCGGUCUCUGUGCUUCCCGGAUAUGAUCAAGUCACGCGGCGUGGACAGCAAAGAGGACCUGCCAACCUACUUCUACAGGGAUGACGGCUAUAAGGUGUGGGAGGCUACAAAGAGCUUCGUGUCUGACGUGGUGUGCGUUUACUACACCAGCGAUGAGAAGGUCCAGGGAGACGAAGAAAUUCAGGCCUUCGUUAAGGACGUGUGCAGCUUCGGCAUGCAGGACUUUGAUCAUUGCGAAUUUCCCAAGUCUGUGAAAUCACGUGAGGAGCUGAUCGAGUACCUGACGGUCAUCGUGUUCACUGCUUCAGCCCAGCAUGCCGCCGUCAACUUUGGACAGGUGAGUGAGAGGAUGUCAGGAAAUGGACAUUCAAAGACUCAUUUAAUGUAAAAAGAAUAUUACAAUACACCUGAGGGAAGAGGUUUUGUUACUAAAAUGUACUUCAAAUAUUAAACAUUAUUGAGUGUCAUUCUUCUGCAGAGAAAUGACACUGAUACUAUUAAAGAUCA